AUGGCCACCCAGCAGAUUCCGAGUCAGCCUGCCAAGGUUUCCUCAGUGGCCAACUCUCGGGUUGCUCUCGCCGAACGCACUGAGUUCGAUCGCUGGAAGAAUCAGUUUGAACAAUUUGCCAUCCAAGAUGACACGAGCACAGACACAAAGUUUUUGAACGAGGACGGUUUCAUCAACGCAGUUGCACCCUCGAAUGAGACAUUUCACAAGAUCCAUAAAUCCCAAUAUUCGAUUUUAUUCAAAAUUGCCGAUCUCAAGAAGAACGGCAAAGUUACCUGGGACGAUUUCGUGGUCUUCCAAACUCUGUUGAAAAAACCAGACGCGGAAUUCGAGGUCGCAUUCAAGUACUUCGAUCAGGAUCGCAAUGGAGAUGUUACCUUUGAAGAAUUCAAGCGGGUUUUCUCCGACAAUCUCAGGCCAGACUCACUGCCAUUCACCUUCGAGUCUCCUUGGGUGAAACUGUUUUUAGGGAAACGAGGCGGUCAACAUGUGCUAGGUUACAAUGAAUUUACUCAAUUGAUGAAGGGCUUGCAGGGCGAGAGACUUCGACAGGCGUUCAGCUAUUUUGACAAGGAAGAAACCGGGUACAUAACUGCGGAUCAAUUCAAGAGAAUCAUUUUGGAAUUAGCACGACAUAAGCUCUCAGACAGUAUUCUCGAAAGUCUACCGACUUUGUGUAAUAUAAGUGCCGGUGGCAAGAUAUCAUACUCGGAAGUCAAUGCAUUCCACAACGUUAUUCGUGAUAUGGACACAGUGGAAAGGAUUCUACGGGAGGCAAUCGCAAAUUCCCCAGAUGGCAAAGUCAAUCGACAGGAUUUCCUGAAUACAGCUUCACGACAGACUCGUUAUGUCGCCCUGACACCUAUGGAAGUCGAUAUUGUCUUUCAUUUUGCUGGCAUGGGCGAAUUGAAUGCGCGUCUUGGGCUCGCUGACUUCGGUAUGCUCUUGGAUCCGAUGUGGGAACGCCGAACAACCCUCGAAGGUCAGGCUACGGAUGACUUGAAUGACGGUAACUUCUGGCACGGAUUAGGGAAAUCAAUUUACAACUUUGGACUGGGUGGGAUUGCUGGUGCCUUAGGAGCCACGGCUGUUUAUCCAAUCGACCUCGUGAAGACUCGUAUGCAAAACCAGCGUAGUAAAGUCGUCGGAGAACUUCUUUACAAGAACAGCAUGGAUUGUGUCAAGAAAGUAUUCAAAAACGAGGGCUUUACCGGCUUUUACCGAGGUCUACCGCCGCAAUUAAUUGGUGUCGCUCCAGAAAAAGCAAUCAAACUCACUAUUAACGAUUUGAUCCGAGCCAACGCUAAAGACCCUGUCACCGGAGAAAUUGGACUGGGAUGGGAAUUGAUUGCAGGUGCAACGGCAGGUGGUUGCCAAGUGGCUGUCACCAAUCCACUAGAAAUCGUUAAGAUACGUCUCCAGAUGCAAGGUGAAAUGGCACGAGUCGCAGGUAGCGAUCCGAUUGGUGCGAUGCAUAUUAUUCGGCAGUUGGGCUUGGUUGGCUUGUAUAAAGGUGCUGCGGCAUGCCUGUGUCGUGAUAUCCCGUUUUCGGCGAUAUACUUUACCGUUUACUCACAUCUGAAAAAGGACACCUUUGGUGAAGGAGUGAACGGGAAGAAGUUGAGCUUUGUCGAAACGCUAAGCGCAGCAGCAAUUGCGGGAAUGCCUGCUGCUUAUUUAACCACGCCAGCUGAUGUGGUCAAAACCCGAUUACAAUCUGAGGCCAAGAAGGGCGAAACUCACUACAAAGGGUUGAUGCACUGUUUCAAGACGAUCUUACAAGAAGAGGGACCUUCCGCUUUGUUCAAGGGCGGACCAGCCAGAAUCUUGCGAAGUUCACCUCAGUUUGGUGUGACUUUAGUAUCUUAUGAAUUCCUUCAAAAACUCUUGCCGUUCCCAUUCGAUCAUCAUCCACGCCAAGUGGAGAGUUCUGUUGUAUCUGAUGUCGAACUGCCACGCCUUCGAGCCAGGAAUGCGAUGAAAAUUCUAUUGGACGUCCAUGAGGAUUUUGGGAUGGUAAAACGGCCGACCAAAUAG